GGCUGUUGCUGUAAAGAUCAUCACCAUGCAGUGGUAUGUGCAAGUACAAAUGCAAAAUCCCACCACUGUCUUCUACUGAUCUUUUGUAUCAUGCUCUCUGGUUUAAAUACAAAAUGGCUGCAAGCGGUCCCUGGAAUUCAUUGCCAGCCAGCUGUCAAGCUUAAUUUGGUUGUUCUGUGAAAUAUCUUGCAUAUAAGUAAAUAAAAAAAGGAGUAGGGCCCAUGAAAGGGCUGGCAUGUGGCACAUUCAUGUUAUUUAUAGGCUUUUCUGUGUUUCUGUAUCACCAUGGCAGCUAUGAACGUUGAUGCUGACAGUUGGAAAGAAAUGCCACAUAUGUGUUAAGAAAUCCAUGUGUAUGAAAUAAAGGGUGUUCUGGUGGAGCUGGGAGGCAAGGGUGUGUUAUCCUGCCAGGAGCACCCAGCCCCACAACAGCAAGAUGGGUGGGGAAAGGGACAUGGCAGAUACUAGCAGGUUUGUGGGCUGAUGACUUCCAAAGCCGUGUGUCCUGCUUUAUCCUGCCAUCUUAUUGGAAAAGUUGGGAAUAAAACCCAACUCCCAUUUUCUGUGUCUUCUGUGCUGGGACUGGCCCAAAGCUCUAUCCUUCCUUCCUCCAUAUGGAGUUUAUUCAUAGCCAGUUCAUUCUCAUCUGUUCUUGUUACAGCUCUGUCCUUUGGCUUAGAUACCUCUACUCCCUUGCUGGUGCUUACGGCCCUGCUGUGUUUGUCAAUGCUGAUCCUGUCUUGCCGGACUGGAUGGAGGGAUGUGCGUACAGCUGGAAGCAGCAGGAGCACAGCACAGCCCUCUGAGGAUAGGUGUGAAGGUGGUUCCCUGUGAAGACACAGUGGGAGCCCCCCAGAGGGAGGAGUGUGGGGUCUCACUGGGAAGAGGAGAGCUCCACUUCCUGCCUUGCCAGCCAGGUCUGCCUGCUACCCCAUCGCCUACCACGUUUCCAGGGAUCUGUACCAGGAUUUCAGGCUUGGAGCCUGGAGGUGCAUUAGUGCCAUAGGAUUGUUGGAGAGCUUGGCUAUGAUGGGGGACCUGCCGUGGAGGAGGGACAUCCCUCCAUGAGGUCCUGCAUGCCUGUGAGCCCUGGCUGCUGGUGGCAGUGGCUGGGCUGCUCAGCUAGCCUGAGUCUCGGGCAGAGCCACGGUGCUUGCAGAGCACAGCUUGCAAAAGGCAAAGAGCUGGGGUAGGGUCUGCAGGAGUAGCCCAGAGCCCCAGGAGAGACGGGCUGCCAGCUGAGCCACUGCUUCUCUGCGAACCUCUUCCUGGGGCUGGGGGACAGAGCUUGAUCUCCAGGCUCACUGCGGAUGUUCUCCUGUGCCCCGCUAGCAGGACUGCUCUCCUAGUGCUGGUGUGGAGGGAGGUCUACUCGUCCCACCAUGGUCCUGCCACCACCUGACAAGCGCCACGUCUGUCUGACCACCAUCGUCAUCAUGACUAGCAUGGCCUUCAUGGAUGCCUACGUGGUGGAGCAGAACCAGGGGCCCCGCAAGAUUGGUGUUUGCAUCAUUGUGCUGGUGGGGGACAUCUGCUUCCUCAUUGUGCUGCGGUAUGUGGCAGUGUGGGUUGGGGCAGAGGUGAAGACAGCCAAGCGGGGCUAUGCCAUGAUUCUCUGGUUCCUCUACAUCUUCGUCCUGGAGAUAAAACUCUACUUCAUCUUUCAGAAUUACAAAGCGGACAAGAAGAACUUGGAGACAGUGGCCAGGAAAGCCCUGACCCUGCUUCUCUCUAUUUGUGUGCCGGGGCUCUAUCUGGUGCUGGUGGCCUUGGAUAGCAUGGAGUACAUACGGACUUUUCGGAAGAAAGAGGACUUACGGGGGCGCCUCUUCUGGGUGGCCCUCGACCUGCUGGAUAUAUUGGAUAUCCAAGCCAACCUGUGGGAACCACACAGGACCGGCUUGCCCAUCUGGGCAGAGGGGCUUAUGUUCUUCUACUGCUACAUACUCCUCCUGAUCCUGCCUUGUGUGUCCCUCAGUGAGAUCAGCAUGCAAGGGGAGCACAUUGCGCCACAAAAAAUGAUGCUCUACCCUGUCCUCAGUCUGGUCACCAUUAACAUCGUUACCAUCUUCAUCCGGGCCAUCAAUAUGAUCUUGUUCCAGGACAGCAGGGUCUCUACCAUCUUUAUUGGCAAGAAUAUCAUCGCAAUUGCCACUAAGGCAUGCACCUUCCUCGAAUACAAGCGGCAGGUAAAGGAGUUCCCCCAGAAUGCCAUUGCACUGGAGCUCCAGCAGAACUCCCUCUCCCACAACCAGACCAUCCACAGCACACAGGGCAUCCCUCACGAGCCAUCACCCACCAGCGAGAUCCUUGACACAUGAGGGAUCACCCCCACCCAAGCAUUGGUUCAAGUGCCAAGUGGAAGAGGGAUGCUGCUCUCUUGCUGCAUGGGGUGAUUGCAACAGACAAAUCCCAGUGGCAAAGGCUCUUCUAGGCACAAAACACCAACCGUGUUUUAAUUGAGCUAUGGAGUGUCCCCUAGAUGUCUUCAUCUCAGGUACAAACCUAGGAGUCCUCCAAACAAACCAAAUGAACUUGCAAAGGACCUGAACCAGCUAACCCUCUCUCUCCCAAUUUCUUCCCUCCCAAGCAAAGAUCACAAAGGUUGUAAUGUCCCUUUUUACUCCUCAAGCACCUCACCUUUACUCCAAGCCUGGAACGAAGAUUUUGUUACUAGAGACUUUUUUAUUGAGUUGGGACAGGGGCAUAGGUGUAUGGU